AUGAAUCCUCGGGGCCUUUUGGCUUCAGCAGGCAUUAACAUAGGGCUAGCCUUGGUGGUUCUGAUUCUCUUCUCCAUCUUGAAGAAACAGCCAUCAAACGCUCCCAUAUACUACCCUCGUCCUCUUUCGAAACGACAUCCCAUCACCAUCCUUCCUCCUGAUCCUUUCUCUCCAUCUCGUUUCCUUCCUUCCUUUUCUUGGAUCCCUCGAGCCUUUCGUGUCACUGAAGAUGAAAUCCUUGAAACCAGUGGGCUUGAUGCUCUCGUUGUUAUAAGACUCUUCAAGUUCGGGAUCAAUUUCUUUGCUGUUUGCUCUCUCAUUGGGUUGUUGAUACUCCUACCAAUUAAUUAUGGUGGACAGAACGAUCCAUCUACAAGUUAUCAUUCCAUGGAUUCUUGCUCAAUAUCAAACAUCGAAAGAGGUUCUAACAUGCUUUGGGUGCAUGUUAUAUGCUUGUGGUUUAUAUCUUUCUAUGGAUUAUACCUCUUAUAUAAGGAAUAUUCUGAGAUUUUGGUCAAAAGGAUUCAAAAAUUGCAGAACCUGAGGGAUCGUCCUGAUCAGUUUACGAUUCUAGUUCGACAGAUUCCAUUCUGCACAGAGCACAAGGCUCGUGGAUGUUGUGUUGAUCACUUCUUUUCUAAACAUCAUACUUACAGUUAUCAUUCUUACCAAAUGUUAUAUGAUAGGAAAGACAUUGAAGUUCUGUUGAACCAGGCAAAACAUGUUAAGAGAAAGAUACAGGACUUGAGAAAGAAAUGCACUGUCAAGAAACAUAUUGGAGAAAUGUUGCUCUUGGAUGAAUGUCGAGAUGAAUCUAUGAAAGCUGCCCUGCUUGAGGAAAAGCUUCAGGAACUCUGUCAUAAGAUUCGUCAAUUACAGAGUGAAGACAUGCUCAAAGAAAGGGAAUUGCCUGUUGCCUUUGUCACAUUCAAAUCCCGUUGGGGAGCUGCAUUGGCUGCACAAACUCAGCAGCACACAAAUCCACUUUUAUGGAUCACUAGAACAGCUCCAGAACCGAGUGAUGUCUCAUGGAGGAAUCUAGCAACUCAGUAUAAAUUUUUGCCACUUCACAAAAUUGGAGUCAUUCUUGCAGCAUCACUUCUUACAGUUUUCCUCGCAGUCCCAGUCACAGCUGUUCAAGGGAUAGCUAAAUUUGAGAAACUCAAGAAAUGGUUUCCUCCAGCCAUGGCUAUACAAUUGAUACUAGGAUUAUCCUCUGUGGUGACAGGGUACCUUCCCAGUGCUAUCCUCAAAGGAUUCAUAUACAUUGUUCCAUUUGCAAUGCUUGCCAUGGCUAAAGUGGGUGGCUCUAUCUCGGGAAGCAAAAAGGAGAUCAAAGCUUGCAACAUGGUUUUCUAUUUUCUAGUGGGAAAUGUUUUCUUCUUGAGCUUGAUAUCAGGGUCCCUACUUGAUGAAAUUGGAGAAUCUUUUAGUCAUCCUAAGAAUUUGCCCAGUCAUCUUGCGAGUCUUGUCUCUUCGCAAGCAGAUUUCUUUAUGACAUACAUCUUGACAGACAGGCUCUCAAGAUUUUCUUUGGAGGUUCUUCAGCCUGGCUUACUCUUGUGGGAUCUUACAAAGUCACACACCUACUGCCGAGGAAAAGAGAAAGACCUAUAUCUUUACUCACUGCAAUACUUUAGAAUCAUCCCCACAGUCUCCCUGUCCAUCCUGAUUGGUAUAGUGUAUGCAGUUAUUGCUCCAUUGUUGCUUCCAUUUCUUUUUGUCUACUUCUACAUAGGCUAUGCUGUGUACAUCAAUCAGGUUCAGGAUGUGUACAACACUGUUUAUGACACAUUUGGUCAGUUUUGGCCAUUCAUUCAUCAUUAUAUAUUCGUCGCAAUCAUUCUUAUGCAAGUCACUAUGAUCGGUCUCUUUGGACUCAAGUUGAAACCAGCUGCUUCUAUAUCCACCAUCCCCUUAUUGCUGACCAUAAUGUUCAAUGAGUACUGCAAGAUCCGCUUUCUUCCUACAUUUCAAGGGUACCCUAUUCAGAAUGCUGUGGAAAAUGAUGAACUCGAUCAAAAAGGAGGUCAGAUGGAAGCUAGCUAUGGGAAAGCAGUUGGAGCCUAUCGCCAACCUUGUCUGCGUCCAGUGAGCUUUACACAAUCAGAGCGCAACUUGGCACAGCCAUUGAUUACUUCACUGUGAUUUUGCUCAAGAUUCUUUGCUCUUCCUUGUAUGUUUCCCCUCCCGCAACCUACUGAUUUUGCAUGUAAAAGUUGAAGAAAAAACAGUCAAUGCCUUCUGUACGAAGGAAGCCUGCAAUCUUUCAACUAUGGAUUGUGAUCCAAGUUAUCUCCCAACUUAAGUUAAUAGAUAUUCAU